AGCUGAUUGUGUUACGGAAAGAGGUGCCCUGAAAACAAGAACUGUGAACGCAAUGAGGAAAUAAGAGUUUGAAGCAUUACUCUGGUGAAAGAUGAGCAUGCAAUCAGAUCCACAAGCUUUCAAAAUCCACAUUUCUUAUGUCAGCAUUAUUUUGUAAUUCGAUCAAAAGUUCCGUAAGCACCAAUUCUUUUUUGUAGCAAGGGGAUAUAAAUUGCAGUAGUCAGAGUACAAGAUUCAGAGAUCUGCCAGAACUUCGUCCACGCUCAGGUCAGCCAUUUUUUGGGAACUACAAACUUGAAGAACCAUGAAGUCGGCCACACUGCUGUUGCUGUUGCUGCUGCUAACGACACUCUGGUGCCCCUCCAGUGCUGUGCUAGCAGGCCUCAGGAUGAUAAAGGAUCUUAGAAAGGACUUGCUGUUGAAGACCAUUACUUCAGCUUCUAUGGAAAAAGCAACUAAGAGCUGCACAAGUACCAACUCGUCUGGAUCAUACGCCAACUGUCAAUCAGGUUACUUAGCAGUAAGCUGUUCUUGUGGGAAUUCUGCGUCCUGGGAAAUUAAGAGCGAGAAGACCUGCCACUGUGCCAACCAGGACUGGACUUCUGCCCGCUGCUGCAAGAUAGGAAAGAAGUAGAGGGCACAGCCGCCAACUGACUGUUUGAGAUCAGACGUGACCCUGCCAAAUGGAUGAAUUCUGCACUCCCCCUUGAAUUUAUUCUGUUUUACUCUGCCAGGCCCUCUUGUGUACUGCAGGAAUAUAUGGAGGUGCGUUUGACAUUUUGAUUAUAAAAAUGAAAAAAUAUGAAAAAUAAAUCAAUGCAGCAUUAA